AUGCCGAACAGACACAUGUUUCCUACUUCGCUUAAAGAUGUUCAACCGGGCAAUGAAACUGGGGAUUAUCAUAUCACCUUUUGCAACUUGGCGUUCAACACAACUUGGCAAGAGAUGAAGGACUGGAUUUCAGCAUCUUGUUCCGUCGAUUACAUCGAAGUGUUUCCCAGUAGCUGCUCGGGAUGGAUUCGUGUCAAGGGAAAGGAUAACUUUGAGAAGGCCCUGGCACACUUGCGGAGUGAACGUUUCAAGGACCGAUCUCUGCUCUUCGACAGCAGGAACGAGAUCGAAGCCAUCAAGAUCAAGUGCAAAGAGACCAGCCCGAAACCGAAGCAUGCGAGGAGGAAACGCUCGACUCGGGGCCCGAAGAUGCUGUGCGAAAAAUCCCCCGCGCCAGAGGACCGUCGCGCUCAGAGUCCUCCUCCAUACACCCACACAUGGAGUCCAACCGACCAUGUCCAUGCCGCUGAAGUUGCGGAACGGCGGGCAUACGAGGAGUAUCUCGCGUUUGCAUCUCUCAUGUUUAGCACGACGAGCUUGCAGGGUGCUUUGCAAAUACAGUAUCCUCCUGUAUCUGCCUUUCCGUAUUACCAGGCGGAGUACUAUAACGGCAUGGGUAUGGACUACUACGGCAAUCCUUUUUCUGCCUACUCCUUUGGCGCAAGCCCGGAUAUUCAUCCUGCGCAGCUGGUUGGAGUAUCGGAGUUGGUGAGGGCGGCAAAGGAGGUGUAG